GCGGCUGGCAGGCGGAGGUGGUCGCGCACAAGGCUGGCAGCAUCGUUCCUGGCGCACCCCCCCGCGCUGAUCAUGCCGACGCACCCCGCUCGUCAGAGGCGGAGCCCCCGUCGCCGCGAGCGGGCCGCGCGCUACAGCCGAGGGCCCGGCCCCUCGCGCCCGCGCAGCAGCGCCGCUCGAGCGCCGCGGAGCCGCUCGAGCGGCCGAGCGGCGAGGCGGCGCCGCGGAAGGCC